AUGUUCCAGUUUGUUCAUCUAAUAUCCAUCAUCGUCGUCAUCCUACUAAUUGAGGAAGCAAGAUCAGCCUCUAUGGCGAAGCGCAGCUGCCAAGAGAAAUGCGGGAAUUUGACCGUUCCAUAUCCAUUUGGCAUAGGGGAAGGAUGUUACCGGAACCUGAUGUUUAAAGUCUCUUGCAUUGAAUCAUCUCUCUACUAUUGGGACACACAAGUGUUAGAGUUCUCUACGGACUAUGUGCUAAUUGAUGGUCCAGCUCUUGUUAACUGUUACAACAAGACCUCUGGACAAAAUUCUGGACGUUUCAGUUAUAGGUUGGAGCAAUUACCGUUCCGUGUCUCCCGCACCCAAAAUAAGUUGGUAGCCAUAGGAUGUGACAUACUUGCUUAUAUCACUGAUUUAAACACUACAAGCUAUAGAAAGGGGUGUGAAUCCGUUUGCCAUAACACAAGCACCGGUGCCGUUGGUCCUUCAAAUGCUAAUGACAAUAACAAUUCGUCUUCCUGCUCUGGCAAUGGUUGCUGCCAGACUGACAUUCCAGAAGAUAUCACCUUUUCUGAUUUGGGCAUCAAUACCAUACAUACGAAUGCAAGUUUCUGGGACUCCAACCCAUGUAGCAUUUCUUUCUUUGCAGAAAAGAGUUUCUCAGAAUUCAGCAAAUUCAACAUCUCCAAUAUUACUUCUGAUGAUGAAGAUUUCUUGUUUGGGGUCCCACUGGUGCUUGACUGGGCAAUUGAGAAUGUCACGUGCCAUGAAGCUCAAAGAAGAGACGACUAUGCUUGUGGCCUCAACAGUGAAUGCAUUGAAUCCAUUAUUGAUGAUGGCAAUGGAUAUCGAUGUCGCUGCUCUCAAGGUUACCAAGGGAACCCUUACCUCAAAAAUGGAUGCCAAGAUAUUGAUGAGUGCGAAGACACAAAAAAGUACAAAUGCCCAGAGGGAGCUCUUUGCAACAAUAUCAUGGGUAGUUACUCGUGCACUUGCCAGCCUGGUUUCCACAGCAUUCAUGGAAAUGGAAUUAAUUGCAUACCUCGCCAUGGGAGGAACCGAUUAGCUGUACCUGUUUCCGUAGGCCUUGGAGUUGCUAUUGGUUUUAUGGCCAUGAUUGCUAUUGGUUUAUGGUUAUACCGUAAACUUGAGUUGAGACAGAAAAACAAAAAAAAACAGCAGUUUUUUAAGAGGAAUGGAGGCUUGUUAUUGCAACAACAGGUCUCGUCGAGUAAAGAGAGUGUUGAGAAAACAAAAGUCUUUAUAGCUGAAGAGUUGGAGAAGGCAACUGACAAUUUUAAUGAAAGUCGAGUCAUAGGCAAGGGAGGACUUGGUACAGUUUACAAAGGAAUGUUAUCAGAUGGAAGCAUAGUGGCUGUUAAAAAGUCAAAUAAAGUUGAUGAAAAUCAAGUUGGUCAUUUCAUUAAUGAAGUUAUUAUCCUUUCUCGUAUAAACCAUAGGAACAUUGUAAAAUUGUUAGGUUGCUGCCUAGAGACUGAAGUUCCACUACUAGUAUAUGAAUAUGUCUCAAAUGGAACCCUUUCCCACCAUCUUCACGAUGCGGAUCAUGCUUCGAUGAUGUCCUGGAAUACUCGAUUGAGAAUUGCAGGGGAAAUUGCAGGAGCACUUGCUUACUUGCACUCGUAUGCUUCUGUAGCUAUCUUUCACAGGGAUAUUAAGUCUAACAACAUAUUGCUGGAUGAAAAUUACAGGGCUGUAGUCUCUGAUUUUGGACUUUCAAGGUCAGUGCCCCUUGACAAGACUCACUUGACGACAAUGGUGGGGGGUACAUUUGGUUACUUGGAUCCAGAGUAUUUUCAAUCAGGGCAACUCACUGACAAAAGUGAUGUUUAUGCUUUUGGCGUAGUUCUUGCCGAACUACUAACAGGGAAAAAAGCUAUCAGUUCUAAUACAUUUGAUGAAGGUCUAGUACUUAAUUUCCGAUCAGCAAUGAAACAAAACUGUCUUUCUGAAAUUCUAGAGAAAGUAGUAGUGAAUGAUGCCAAGGAAGAUGAGAUCCAAGCUGUUGCUACUCUUGCUAUAAGGUGCAUAAAACUGAAUGCAAGGAAAAGGCCAAAUAUGAAAGAAGUAGCAGCAGAACUGGAUCAAUUGAGAAGGAUACAAGAGCAGUCAUUACUUAAGUACAAUAGCCCGGAUAGCUUCUCCUCGAUAAGUGAAAAGUCCUUCUCUUACACAGCUGAUGCAGUUGAAGAAUAUGUCGUGUAUUUAUAA